CGCGCGCGCACCUAAUUGUGGCUAUUGUGAGGUUGAAGAAAAUCAGGCGUCUUCUGCGACUGUGGUUGGCGGCCAACUAUAUAAAGUUUUGCGUGCUCUCUUUGCGACACCACACCUUCGACAGCACUCAAUUCAACAUGAUGUCUGCUAAGCUUUUGGUGGCCCUCGCCGUCGUAGCGAUUGCAUCAGCGGUCCCUAAGCCCGAUGGUCCUCCAUACGGACACCCUCCCCCAUCCUACGAGCCGGGCAUGCCCUUCGAUUUCGCCUACGCCGUGCAGGACGACUACUCGGGCAACAGCUACGCUCACGACGAAAACAGCGACGGAAAGGUGACCUCCGGGUCUUACCGCGUCAACCUCCCCGACGGUCGUACCCAGCUCGUUAAAUUCACUGCCGAUAGCCACAACGGUUACGUCGCCCAGGUGGAAUACCAGGGAGAAGCUGUCUACCCGGCACCCGCACCUUCCUACCCAGCGCCUGCACCUUCCUACCCAGCGCCUGCACCUUCCUACCCUCCCCCACCAGUAUACGCCUAAGAGAUCUCGGUCCUUUCUGGAAAAAUGAGGAACUUCACUUCCGGCUCGAACUGGAAAUUCCGUAAAAUGCAGUAUUCCCAGGAUAUAAAGUCAUUGCCCCAAAGUUAUGAUAUUUUGUGUUUUCUGUUGUUGACUCUUGCUUUCUGCAAACGCUCUUGAAGUUGUUUAUAUCUAUUGUUGUAAUGGUUCGGUAGGUUAUCCGAUAGCGCGCUAUCUUUGACAAAUUAUACUUCCUGCCAACAAAAUAUAGAUAUUUUAGGUUAUGAUAUUCCUCUUGUUAUAUGUUCGGGGGAAAUGUUUUAGCCUUUCGCGUACUGUACUUCUGAAGGAAACGAGAUACUCGUCGAUGUCUUUCAUGAAGGCCCAGUCAAUCUUGUCAUCGUGAUACUCGUAGCUGAUAGUUCACCGUAACAUUGACUCAAAUAUUGUCUCUUGUCUCUGUAGUUCUUGCUCUUAUCUGAUGUAGUUUAGUGUGUAUGUAGUCAUCUCUUGCUUUUUCCCGAUGUUCAGUGCGUUUGAAGAUUGCUAGAUUUUUUCCAUUUAUUUUUCCUUUUGCUUACUUUGAUAUAGGACAGGAUGGUUAUUUUCUCUUGUUCCUCGAAUUGUCAGACCACAUCAUAAUUAAUACCUUCAAUGCAAAGGUAUCUGUAGACCUUUUGUAAAUAAAAGCAAACGAACAAC